GUGGGGGCAGGAAUUUCUCCGCUGGAAAGAAGCGGCGGAGCCAGAUGGAUCCUCCGUCUACCUCUCUGUGGUGGUGCUGCCCAAGGUUGGGAGGGAAACGCAGGCGAUGCCGGACAAGGAGGGAGGAGAGGAAGUAGCAAGUUAAAGAAAAGCCUCUGUGUAUCAUGAUAUUUCAGAAGACAUGGUUAUUGUCAAGACUGAAAAGGUAGAUGAAGGCUGCAGUAAUGAUGGAGGAAACUGCGAGGGCCAGGAGUCUCAGCCUUCUCCUCUGGCCCUGCUAGCAGCCACAUGCAGCAGGAUUGAAUCUCCCAGUGAGAACUCUGAUGGUUUACAGGGGCAACAGGGAGGCUCAAGUGAACUGGACCUUGCUGCUGCAGCUCAAAUCUCCCAAAGCGCAAAUGGCUGGCAAAUAAUUUCCACUGCUUCUGGAACUGAUUCUCCCAAAGAUCAGGGGAGUAAUAGCAAUGAGGAGAACGAUUCGUCAUCCAAAAACCGAGCUAUCACCACUGGGCAGUAUGUGGUUGCUGCCACUCCAAAUAUGCAGAACCAGCAAGUUCUGACGGGCUUAUCAGGAGUGUUACCCAACAUUCAGUAUCAAGUGAUUCCCCAGUUUCAAACUGUGGAUGGUCAACAGUUGCAGUUUGCCACUGCUCCCACCCAAGUUAGUGUCCAGCAGGAUGCCUCUGGCCAACUGCAGAUAAUUCCAGGGACUAACCAGCAGCUCAUUGCAAACAGGUCUGGCACAGGCAAUAUCCUGGCCACCAUGCCAAAUCUCUUGCAGCAGGCUGUCCCCAUUCAGGGAGUAAAUGCCCUCUCAGGGCAAACACAGUAUGUCACUAACGUCCCACUGGCUUUGAAUGGCAAUAUUACCUUAUUGCCUGUUAACAGCAUUGCUGCCAGUUUGGCACCCACGUCUCAGUCAGUUACUUUGAGCAGUUCUACCUCUCCAGAGAACAGCUCUCAACCAGCAACUUCUGGCACCUCAAUCAGUUCCUCCAGUGUGGCUGCAACCCAAGCCAAUACUGCCUCUUUCUUCACCAGUGCUAACAACUACAGUGCCACUACCACAACAAGUAACUUGGGCAUCAUGAAUUUUUCCACUAGUGGCAAUGUGGGAACAAAUGUUCAGGUGCAGGCACCACAGAGGACAAACAGCACUCAGAAUGCUGAUGCUGUGCCAGUUACAGGAGUUGCAGUCCAACAAGGACAGCAGAAAGAUAUUGAUCAAAACCAGCAGCAGCAGAUCCUAGUGCAGCCUCAACUUGUUCAAGGAGGACAAGGUAGCCAGACCUUUACUCCUCAAGAUGCCCUGCAGAACUUGCAGAUCCAGGCGCUCCCCAACACUGGUCCAAUCUUUAUUCGAACACCCACUGUAGGGCCAAAUGGACAGGUCAGCUGGCAAACUAUUCAACUACAAAAUCUUCAGGUUCAGAAUCCGCAAGCUCAGACAAUCGCUUUGGCUCCAGUGCAGGGAGUGUCCCUGGGGCAGACAGGGAGCACCAGCACAACACUCACACCAAUAGCUUCUGCCUCUCUGCCCAGUGGCACGGUCACUGUAAACGCCGCUCAGCUGUCCUCUGUACCAGGCCUUCAGACCAUUAACCUUGGGGCCCUGGGAUCUGGCAUCCAGGUUCAUCAGCUGCAAGGGCUUCCUCUAACCAUAGCAAAUGCCACUGGUGAUCAUAAUACCCAGCUCAGCCUCCAUGGUACUACUGGUGAUGGACUGGCUGAUGAUGGAACAACUCUGGAAGAAGGGGAAGCUAGUCCAGAUGCCCAGCCACAGCAAGCACGAAGAAUGCGCAGAGAAGCCUGCACUUGUCCUUAUUGCAAAGACAAUGAUGGGAGAAGCUCUGGGGACCCUGGCAAAAAGAAGCAGCACAUCUGCCACAUCCCAGGCUGUGGGAAAGUAUAUGGGAAGACAUCUCAUCUGCGAGCUCAUCUUCGAUGGCAUACUGGCGAACGGCCAUUUGUUUGCUCAUGGAUGUUUUGUGGCAAGCGUUUCACUCGCAGUGAUGAGCUACAACGACACAAGCGGACACACACUGGAGAGAAAAAAUUUGCCUGUCCAGAGUGCCCCAAGCGCUUCAUGAGGAGUGAUCAUCUUUCUAAACACAUCAAGACCCACCAAAACAAGAAGGCAGGUGUACCUAACAGUGUGGCUAUGGACAUCUCUGCAGUCUCCAUUGAUGCAAAUGCUUCUACAGAGAGCACUGGUGGGGCAACACCUUCAGCCCUCAUUGCAACCAACAUGGUGGCCAUGGAAGCAAUCUGCCCAGAAGGCAUUGCACGCCUUGCAAGCAGUGGUAUCAAUGUCAUGCAAGUGGCUGAUCUCCAAUCAAUCAACAUCAGUGGCAAUGGAUUCUGAGGAUCUGUCUGAUAUUGUACAAACAUGGGAUUCUCAAGGUAGCAGUAGGUCCAAGGGAUGCCUUUCAUUACAGAAGUGAUGGAAGAUGGGGACUCAGCUGCCACAUCUAGCUUCCAGAUCCCAUUUCUGUCUCCCAGGAAGAUUGUGUGCAGAAUAAGGUCUGCUUGCUGUAUAGGUCAGCCUUGUAAUGUGUAGAGUGAAAUCUUGGGAAAUGGGGAUGGCCCAGAACUGGUUGAUUCAUUUUGUUUUGCUUUCUCCUCCCUCCCCCAUAAGGUCUCUUCACCUUUAUUAGGUACCCCAAUGCCAUCAUGCCUUGGUUCUAAAUGUAUAUGAUCAUUGAAAUACUUUUUAGCAGAAAAAAAGAUCUAUAUUAUUAUUGUUAUUAUUAUUAUUGUAAUUAUAUAAAAUUAUAAAAUAGGUUCUUUUGGAUGAAAGAGAUUAAAAAGUGCUGCGACCAAAGUCUUUGGUUGUAGUUCAGAUGCCUUAACUUGGAACUUAUCGAGCUGUUAAACGGCGCUCAGGCUUAUGUUCAGAUGCUAUAUUGCAUUUUAAUUGUAACUAUAAAAAUAUAAAAUUAGCUUUUCGUACGCUUAACUUUUAGGUUUGUCUUUUUCCCCAAUGCUUUCCUCCCUUAUUUGAGUAAACUCUCAGUCCCCCCUACCUUUUUUUUUUUUUUUUAAAGCUGCUUCCUGAUAAUUUUCACUUUUCUCCAUUUAAGUCCCUGUCACCCUUUUUUUCACCCAGAGUGGUAGGGUCCCUGAUCCACAGUGUGUUCUGAACUUGCCGGGGAAGGUGAGCCUAGGAAAGAUGAGACCAUGAGACAGUUUAUGUUCCUUGCCUUCCAAAUGCAUGAGUUCAACUUUGGCACAAAGGGAGUUCUUUUCAAUUCCUAGCAUAAAGCAGUGAAAUCCCCUUUGUUUAAAGUGCAUGCAUAAGGCCUGGGUAAUCUGCUCUAAGAAUACCAGGAAUCUUAAGUGUAUGGUGGAGCGGUCUUUAUAUGUGUUAUGGCCCAACUCAAGCCAUUGCACUACAGCCCAAGUUGGACUAUAGCACUGGACUCUGUUGUGCUUUGUUUAAGAUCCUGACAAAUACUAUGGCCAUGUAGUAAAGGAAAAAUGUUUGAAAGAAUGUUUGGGUUCUUUUAGCUUGAGAUACUUCAUUGCUAUGAAACACUGAGGGAUUUGCCCAGAUCUUUCCAGAUUGACAAAUGACCCAAUACUUGGUUUGGCUGCUGGGCACUCCAUUGAAAAUAAAGUAUUAAUUGGCUUUUGUAUCUUCUAUUUGUAACGUCUUUUUAGCAGCUUUCUUCUUAGCCACCCUGCUCCCUUUACGAGGUUACAUGCACCCUUAUGAGGACAGUUAUUAUGAGGAAAUUGCAACAAAGGGAACUAAAGUGGUAGUUCAAAUACCAAAGAAAUAAGUGAAGGCCAGAGAAAAAGUGACGGAGAGAAAAAGUGAUGCUUGAUAAUAGUUGCAGAAUCUUCGUUAAGGAAUGAGGCCUUACGACCCCCCCUCCCCCCCAUAAGCCUUCAGACAGUUUAGGCAUUUUUCCUAAGAUCUCUUGUGUUCACCGUGAACCACUUAGACACAGUGUUCAGCAUCACAGCAGACCAUUCAGCUGAUCAUAUCCUAUGUCCUUUUCCCGUUGCUAAUAAAAACAGGGCAGCUCCUCAGCUAAUGAACUAGCAUGGCAAAUUGUUUUCACUAAGUAUUGAGGGAAAUCUUUAAUUGCUACAUAGCCUUCAUGAAGUUCCUGCCUUUUUCAUUCUUCAGUAUUUGCCAUGUGCAGGGUAAAUUUCUGUGCCCCAGAAUGGUCACAAAAGGGUCCAUAAAUUGUUGCUGGGGAUUUAGAGUUAGUCAUUAUAUUUGGUUUCCGCUGCUUUCCUCUGAAGUCCUGUCAUCACUUCACUCCUCAGUAGCAUAAGAGCCAGUUCAUUGUUUUUCUCUGCCUUCAGUAAAAUGUUGUGUUGGUGGCAUCUUGAUAGCCCUCUUCCCGUGUCCUGUUCUAUUUUCCUUUUAUUGUGUUGACCCUUCUCUCUGCCUCCAUCUGGGGUAGUACCAAAAUCAUUCAUAUGAUUUAUAUCUGUUGCAGUGGUUUAGCCGAGCUGGAUUAAGGCAGCAUUUUUGUGAGGGCCAGGGAGAAAAAGUUAUUUUCCUUCCUCAGGACAACGCUGGGAUCAAGUUUAACAGUCCCCACAAUGGUCCGGGUGCUUGCAUCUGCAGACCCUUGGGGCUCGCUUGCCUGGAGUUGGAUAGUGCUUUCAUGAUCUUGUGUGAGUUUUUAAAAAUCAUUUCAAGAAAUACUCUGUUUCACAAGUGCUAUUUGUCGAGCUGAGAAAGGAUGGAAACAAGACCAAAAGCAUAGGCAUGUUAAAAGCUUAUCAAAAACAAGAAAGCCAUGGUGUAAAUUAUUGACUUCUGUAGAGCUGGUGAAUUAUCUCUACUGGUGAACUGAUCUUGUUCAAUUUGUUUUGGUUGAGGUGAAAUUAUUAAGACUGUAUCACUCCCUGCUUAGCCCUUUCCCUUUUUCUCUAUGAUCUUGACUCAGAUGGCAAACCUGUCAGGCAGGAAUUGGAUUGGAAAGGGCAGACCUAUACCAGUAACAUAAGAGACAGAUAGCAAACAUAAAGGAGCGUGCCAACAGGAGGACUGAAGGAUAUAUCUCAAGAAUUGUUAUUAGGGAGUUUCCUGGUCACAGUAGUAGGGACUUGUGGCCUUCCAGAUGUUGCUGCUAGACCAGAGGUAACAGCAUACUGUAUUUCUAAUGCAAGGCAAGCUUGUUGGCACAAAAUAGACCAAAUUCUGGCUGGUCAAAAGAGGCUGGAAAGUGCAGUCUCUGACUCAAUAUUGCUUCAAAAGCAAGAGAAUGUUUUAGGGUCUUGGAAUUGGAUGUUCCAGAGACUCAAGGAUUUCAGUAGUCUGAUUCAAGCUGGUUUUUACAGUGAUAGAUUUCAAAUAACAAUAAUACUGAAAUAAUUGAAUAUAGGCAUUAUUUGCCACAGUGAAGGGAGUAUGUAUAGUAUGCAGCAAUAAAGAAACUGCCUCAUACCUCAGGUUGCUGGCUUAUUCCUGCUACUUUAAACCCACUGCUUCAAGUUUGUCUUAGUAGCAGUUAUUUCUUGGGAGGGGGCAGUAUGAUACCUGUGAUACCACUAGAUGUCAUCUGAUUUUCAAAUUUGGGAAAGGAAAAAAAUGCUUUUAAGAAAAAAAUAAAAAUGCUCCAAAUCUCAUGACAUUUCUGUUUCCUAUUUUUACACACACACACACACAAACGUGUGUGUGCAUGCGUGCGUGCAUGCUCAUGAUGUCACACGAGCAUACAAUUGUAGGAUGGUGCCCACUACCUGAAACAGUGCCUGACUUUUGCUCUAAGCUUCCCUAGAAUGCCAGACAGUGUGUUGGCAUUCAGCACCUGCUUUCAAGUACCCAGUAUUAAUGGGAUGCUGCUAUGAUCUGUUGUAAUCCUUUUUCUGUGGACCACUAGCAUUUUCUCCCUGCUACACUGGUCUGUGCAAAAGCUUGCCUGUUCAUAUUUACACAUUUUCUACAACUGAGGAAACCACAUACUUUUUAAAAGCACAUUGGACAUUUUUGUUAUUUUGAAUGUUACUUUCUCACUCACUCCAGUGUCACUUGAGGAAGGAAUCCAUUUGUAAUCUGCAACUAGAACUUUUUGUCAUGUCAAACUUUCUAAGUCGGUAUCUCAGGUUGCCCAUCACAAAGGAUUUACGAGUCUUAUUGACUCAUGUUUGUUUUUUAAAGAGCAAUAUUGUUUAGUUUACAGCUGUUGCUGGAAGCCACAAAGACAGAAGCAGGGGUUUCCAGUCAGUGAUAGACAUCCAAUAAACCUGUGAAGUAUGAACGCUAAGGAAGGGAAGCAGCUAUUAUAAAUCUCUGUCAUUGAUGAUGGGGGUGGGAAUAUAUUAUGGAGAGAGGGCGAGCGUUUUUAUUUCUAAUAAUCUAAAUCUUAAAAAUGGGCUGAGUGCAUGGAAGCAUUCUGUCUGGGAAAUAUUGGAGAUUCUAGGUCCCUUGGUAGAUGGCAGUAUUUAUUUCUCCUAAGCGGUAUGAACAGUCCCUCACUGCAGUACCCAGUGACAAUUGCUAUUGUGCCUUUUUGUCAUACACUUUUUUCUGUGUUUCUUUCUGCUAGAAUUGAAGGUAUUCUCUGCAGUGUCCAAAGUAAAUUUAUGCAUGGUAUAAUGCCAAAUAUUUAGCAGAGUAUUAAAGAAAGCUGUCUCUACAAAGAUUAUAUUGCAUUAAUCUUGCCUAGUAGCAUUGACUUCCUUAAGUAUGUCCCUCUUCCUCCUCACCCUGACCUAAAAAUGCUCCUUUGGUUCUCAACCAAGGAGAAAUAUUCAACUCAGGUCAUAUUUUUCUUACAUGUAUAAAUCAUAUUGUCUGAAAUAGGUUCUUAUAUGUACUAUCACUGAACAUAAUAGCAGUUACAGAAAAAAUUACAGAAAGACAUCCAGUAAGUGCCUUUCAUUGAACUCCCAAAACUAGUCAGUCAAAAACUUUUCUGUGGAAAUUAUCAUUAACUUGAGACAACCUCUGUUGCCUCCUUGGCAAGCAUGCCUGUGACACCUUUUAGCAGCCCUGUGUUGAAGUUCUAAUCUUGCAUUCCAUUUAAACUCCUGUUUGGAAUUUUUAUGUGCUGGGACAUGAAUUGCCAUCUGUAUCUGUAGCAUCACUUAUAUUUUCCUUCUGUUGCAAAAGAGAUUUGCUUGCAUCAUUUUGUUUUAGCUCAGUAAACAGACAAGAACCCAGAUCUUUAAAGUCUUAAUGUAAGUAACCAUAACUACUUAUCACGUCUGCUUACGUGAAUAGGGGGUGCAGACUCCUGCCACUUGGAGUAGUGCCCUUGCAGAAAUUCGAUCUCUCCCUGUGAGUAGCCAUGUCAGAAAGCUUUUGGUGCAGAAAGAUUUGACUCUCUCGAGUCUGUGGGGUUUUAGAUAGUUGUCCACACUUUUAAGCAGUGGCAUCCCCAUUUGAUGUACCCUUCCCCACAUUUUCCUGUGGCUUCCAGAAGAUGGCCUCUGCUGACAAAGACGCUGUUCAGUUUUACACACAAAACUGAAAUAACCUUCUUUACUGUGUGUAUGCUCAGAACAAAGCUCAGUUAUUUGUAUGAUCAGCACUAUUGGCAGACUUGAGCUGUAUUUGAAAAAAAGAACAUCCCUUUCUGCAGGCUGUUUCUUUAGGGUGAGGUUAGUUGUCUUAUCCCAGAUGGAACAGCUUCAUGAAUUUUGAAAAUGACUGUCCAGUAAGAGAGGGCAGGGUAGCCAUUAAUUGGAGGGAUGCUGUGUGCGUGCAUGAGUCUCCGCUCCAAGGACAUUAAUUGAGGAUCAUUUAAACAUGCAGUUGCAAGCUGGGUCUUGGAAAAGCUUUACUGAACCUGCUGUUUAUAUAAACUGGCCUUAGUAUAAAACGUGUACAUAAAAAGAAAGCCCCUCUUCCAGAUGGUAAAACCUGUAUAAUUUUUAUAUUAUCUUAAAAUUACUUGCAGUGCUGUUUCUGGAAUAAAAUGUGCCUUUCCUUUUAUAAACAAGGAUUGUAUAUAGUUAAGCCAAUGCCAUCAGCCUUAAGAGAUCUCUGUAGCAUUUUGUGCCUUGAGCCAGACUUUUCUAUAUUUAAUCUUGUCACAGUCCAGAUUAAAUGGACCACAAGGGUCCAGUAAUUAAUUUAAUUUUCCUGAUCCACUGGCAAAAGGAUGAGCACUCGCUUUUCACAAGCUUUGUGGUGGUGGUUGUGGGGCAGGACGGAAUUUCAGCUCAGUCUGCAUUCAAUAAUUCAUGUACUCUGAUAAUCUUUAACAACGAUUUUACAUUAUCUCCAACAGCUUGUAAUUCUCUUCCAUAGUAACAUGGUUGCCUCUAUUCGUUUCCAGGAAGUGGGAAAGUGGGAAGUGACCUAAGGUGGAUGUGUUUUUUUAUUUUUGUUUUUCUGGUGCUUAUAGCACAGCUCUGCAGUCACUUAAGCCAACCUGUAACACUGGCAAUAAAAUAAUUUUUGUCUAUUCUAUGUAAAAGACUGUUUGUUUUAUCUUGUAAUAAUGUAUAUGCUUUUUUAAAAAAAAAUCCAAUUACCAAUGUAAUGAUGUCUGAAACACUUUUAAAAAGUGCUAUUUUUGUACAAAGAUUAAAAUAGUUUGCCUCCUUUGUAUACUGAUUACAUUUUUUUAAUGAAAGGAAUAAACAAGUAUCUACAGAGUUUGUAUUUAA